AUGACGAGUAUAAUUGGUAAUUUACUGCACAGCUACAACAACAAAACGCCGAGCCAAUACAAGCUAUUGGAUUCCUUCUUACUCGUGUUAUGCCUUUCCGCUGUCUUGGAAUUCGUCUAUGCGCUGUGUAUCGAUAACACACCGUACAACGCCUUCUUGGGAAGCUUCAUUUCAAAGGUUGGACAGUUCAUCCUCACCGUGAACCUCAGAAUCCAAUCAAAUCCAUCCAACGCACAUCAUUUCACUCAAAUAUCCCCAGAGAGAUCAUUCGCUGACUUUGUCUUUGCCUCGCUUCUCCUCCACUUUUGCGCUAUUUCUUUCCUCGGUUGA